AUGGAAGAUUUUCGCCAUCCGCUCGAAGAGAGAUUAAAGGCUGAAGCCGAAUUUUCAAAAGCGAGACUAAAAGCUGGGAGUCCAACAGGCAUCCUUCAAAGUCGUAUAGACGACUUAGAGAAUAAGAAUUUUACUCUAGAAGAAGAGGUCAAAGAUCUUCGAAUACAAUUAACAGGGCGGCAAAAUGACUUAACAAAAGUCCAAGAGCUUUUAAAUAAAAGAACAGCUGAACAUGAAGAGAAAAUGAAAAAAUGGCGCGGUAUUGUCAACUCUGCUAAGAAAAAUGUGGAUGACCUGCGUCAAACAGUAGCCGCAAAAGACGCAGAAAUUGCCGAAUUAAAGGAAUCCCUUGAGAUGCUAAAGGAAAAAGAUCAACAAACAAAAGUUACUGUGGAUGAAAUUGAAAAGUCAGCUAGUCGUCUCAAAACUGAGAUGCUAAAUCAGGUGGGGAUGCAUACAGCACAAAUCGAACAGCUGGAAUCUCGAUUACGAUUAGCAAAUCAACAAGCUCUUGAAGUAAAAGCAGAGUUUCAGCAAUACAAACAACGAGCUCAUACAUUACUUCAAGAAAAGAAUGCGAAUAACAAUACUAGUGCUCAGAUUAAUAAUAAUAGCAGUAACAGCAUUAGUAAUAUCGUGAGUGACUCCAAAACAUUGGAAUUAGCCGAAUCAUCUAAGAAAAUGGAAACUGAAAUUAGGCAUCAAUCCGCUGAACUAAAACUUACAAAUGACAAAGUACGCACCACCACCAAAGAUCUGGAACGGGCGCUAUCACGAAACGUGGAACUCGAAAGAGAACUGCGAAAAGCGCAAUUAGACGCGCUAGGGAAUGUCGAAACUGUAAAAGAGGCGCAAAAUUCUCUGCGUGUUGCUCAGACGGAGAUUCAGAAUCUAAAAGAAGAACUGCGAACAAUAAAUACACGUCACGAGGCUGCUAUGUCGGAACUUCGAAAUCAGUUGGUCAGUUCUACGAAUAAUAUCCAGAACAACCUUGCCAAAAAACAAGAAGAGAAUGAGGAGCUACAGCGGAUAUCAGAGAAUCUAAGUGAGGAAUUAUCGCAAGUUCGUGCACAGUUAUUAGAACGUACUAAAGAACUGGAGGAACUACAGAAACAACUUAAUACCUUUCGGAGCCGAAAUACAACACAAUCGAAGAACUUUAUGGAUGGAGAUGCAAAAUUGAAGGAUGCUCGAUUGGAUAUUAGUAAUUCUGCUCCGACCACAUCGCUAGAAGGCCGACAGCAUACCACCUUAUCGGAUCUAUUGGUUGAUGUCGAUAACAGUAAAAAACUAAAAGAUAAAGCUACAAUAGUUGCAUUAUCUUUGGAUAAAGAAAAAGAGUUCACGUUCAAACUACAACAUAUGGCUGAACUUUUGAAUGAAAGUGAAGCACAAGUAAAAAGGCUUGAAGAACAAGAAAAGGUUCUAAAAGAAGAAAUCCGAAAAAUGGAUCGUCUCGAAAAGCGACAAGAUUUGAGUGUCGAAUAUUUAAAAAACGUCGUGUUGCGAUUCUUUGAAACAUCACCUGAUGAUCGUGAGCCAUUAAUCCCAGUAAUAUCGACGAUUCUACAACUAAGUCCGGAGGAAACGCGAAAUCUUAAAGACAAUGCGUUGAACGACGUGGCAGAAAAUCCUGUUGUUUUGGGAUUUG